AUGAUCAACAGGGCCAUUAAGGCGAAAAUACACGGUGUUUACUUCUAUAAAAGGCUAAAGCUCCUAAAAGAAUAUAUCGCCAGAUAUCCUGAAUGUCUUACUAAUGUGGUACACUAUCACUGCCUGUAUGGAAGCCUCCAGCCUAUUGUUGCCCCCCCAAUUCCAUUCCAUAUACUGAUAGUGGAUAUCGUCACUGGAUUGCUAACCUUGUAUGACGACCGGGAUACCAUGAUAUCAGUUACCGACAAGUUCACCAAGUGGUUGAUGUAUGGUAUCGAACUGCGACAAGCCUGGGACAUGAUGCCCCAAGCAUUUGACCACAACAGAAGCUUCAAAGCUCGUUUAGAUGCGGAGCAAUCGCUGGUAUACACAGCGAUCUAA